GGAACAGAUACUUUGCUUCAAAGCAUAAAAAAUUAAAAAAUUCUUUUCCCUUUAAAGCAGUCUCAUAAAUGACCCAACCAAAGGGUCAUCCUGAAUCAACAUAAAAUCCAACACGUAUACCUUCUUCAUCCCCAAUGAUAUAAGCAAUAUGUGUUAAGACUUAUAGACAUUUAUCAGCAUAGGCCAUCACCAUCCCAUACCAAUAAAAGUACAAAUCACUCUCUCUCUUUUGUUUCUUUUAAUCUCCAAAAAAAAAGGGUAAAAGCAACACCAAAAUCCUUGCGUGUCCGAAACCUCUCAAAGAAAUUGCAACCUAAUCAAAGACAGCGUGAAUGUUGUUGAACACUUUCUGAAAUUUUGGGGGAGUUUGAAAUAAAUAAAAGAAGAAAAACAGAGUGGGCGGAAACAGAGUGAGGAAACAGAGGAUAUUCAUAUGAAGAGUGAAGUGAGCUGGAGAAGAAAGAGUCAACCUGGGAAAGCCGGGAGAGUUUUUGCUGGAGGGAAUUUUGGAUUGCAUCCAUGAAAUCACAACAGCACUUGCUUUUGCUGAUAGGAUGAGCGAUUCUGCAUACAGAGUCGAAACCACACCACGCCUUGCUCAAUGGAGAAUCGAAAACUUGGCUUCUUGCACUUACCGAAAAUCCGAUCCUUUCAAGAUCGGAAAGUGGAACUGGCAUUUGUCUGUGGAGAAGAACAGGGUUUUGUUUGUUAAAUUGUUUCCAGAAAUAUCGAAUCUUACAAGAGACAACCCUCCAAUUGCAUCUUUCAUCAUUCGGGUUGUAAGUUCUGUUGGAGAUCGCAGGGCCAUCAUACACCCAGAAAUAAAAGACAAAGUUCUAAAGAACAACGAGGAUUUUGUUUGGGCAAUUGAGGUUCCACUAACUGGGAAAUUCAUUAUUGACGUUGAGUUUCUAGAUUUGAAGACUGCAUCCCCAAACAGUGGAGAACCUUGUUCCAUUUGGGCAGAAGGAUUUACUCAGCAAAGAUCAAAUGCAAAUGCCAUAGAGUGUCUUGGUAGAAUGCUAACAGAAGGAAUCCACACUGACAUCACCAUCAAUGUUUCUGAUGGAAGUAUUGGAGCUCAUAGAGCUGUUCUUGCUGCAAGAUCACCCGUAUUCCGCAGCAUGUUUUCACAUAAUCUUCAAGAGAAAGAGUUGUCAACCAUAAACAUCUCAGAUAUGUCACUCGAUUCAUGCCAGACUUUUCUCAAUUAUCUCUAUGGAAUCAUCAAACAUGAAGAGUUUCUGAUGCAUAGGCUGGCCCUUCUUCGUGCAGCUGACAAGUAUGACAUAUCUGAUCUAAGAGAUGCAUGCCAUGAGAGUCUUCUUGAAGACAUUGACACAAAAAAUGUACUUGAGAGGCUCCAAAACGCUUCUCUAUAUCAGUUGAUGAAACUGAAGAUGACUUGUAUUCGGUAUCUUGUGAAGUUUGGCAAAAUAUAUGAAAUCCGUGAUGAUUUCAACACCUUUUUGCAUAAUGCAGAUAGGGAUCUGAUUGCCGAAGUCUUCCAUGAAGUUCUUGAUGCUUGGAAAGGAUUUUGAAGAUAUGGCAACUUCAAACAAGUAUAGUAACAUGGUGUUACUUAACAUACUCAAGAAAUAGGUUGUUGUUUCGAUUUGUUGUGCAGGAUUUGUUUUCAUGAACCUAAUUCUUUCACUCAGAUGGAUUACUUCUACGAUUUUAUGUACAUUCUUAUGUUGUGGUCUUCAAACGUAAACCACAAGUCAUUAUUGUUUACAGAAAAUGUAAAUCAUAUGAAAGGAAAAAAAAACAUAUGUUUAUAAAUGCAAAUGGAUCUGAAUUGUGAUGAUAAUUGAUUGCUGCA